AUGAACCAAUACGUCGACCACACGCUCCUCAAGGCGGACGCGCAGCCAUCGCAGAUCAAGACGCUGUGCCAGGAGGCUGCCCAGUACUCCUUCUGCUCUGUAUGCGUCAACUCGUCGUACGCAGCGCUGGCCCGCAAGACGCUCGAUGAGCUCAAGGACAGCAGUAAGUCGCACGUGAAGGUGUGCUGCGUCGUCGGCUUCCCGUUGGGCGCGGCCACGACCGCCACCAAGGCGUUCGAGGCCCAGCAGUGCCUGGACGCCGGUGCCGAGGAGAUCGACAUGGUCAUCAACGUUGGUAUGCUGCACGCCGAGGAGUACGACUUUGUGCUGCGCGACAUCUGCGCGGUCGUCGCUGUCUGCAAGGAGCGCGGCGCCAUCAGCAAAGUGAUCCUCGAGACGGCGCUGCUGACCACGGAGCAGAUCCGCAAGGCAAGCGAGCUGGCAAUCGCUGCCGGCGCAGACUUUAUCAAGACGUCCACGGGAUUCUCCACGCGCGGCGCGAGCGAGGAGGACGUGAAACUCAUGGCGAGCAUCGCCAAGCCCGCGGGCAAGCAGGUGAAGGCCAGCGGCGGCAUCCGCUCGGCCGCUGACGCCGAGAAGAUGAUCGCACUCGGAGCCACGCGGCUGGGCACGAGCGCCGGCGUCAAGAUCGCCCAAGGGCAGCAGAGCUCCGACGCGUACUAGGCAAACGAUGGAUACAUUUCCUCUGUCAAAGUGUCUCAUAAUUUGAUUGCGUAGCGCUCUGCGCGAGUAGUGAUUGGCUAUUAAUAGUGGAGCCGAUGCACGAGGAGCUCAUUGUCCAUUUCGACUUCGACGGGCAGGAAGACAGACAACCACGUCCGCCAUGUUCACGGGUAUGGUAUCAAUACACUGCAUCCUUCCUCACGC